AAUAUUUUACUCUUUUGCAGAAUACGAUUUUAAAAAAUGGAGGAGCCGGUGUCUCCGAAAGUGUUUCGCGCAAUUUCUGUAGUUGAUGUCGACACAAUCCUGACCUGCUCUGACGCAGAGCUGCGUCCAAUUCUAUCCUGCCUGGUGAGAAUGAGCCUAAUAGCUCCGAUGGAUCAGAGCCCUGCCUGUCUUCAGUCCAGAACAUCAGUCUUGCAGGUGUUGAGCAGGAUAGAGUUAGUUAAUUCUAUUGUUGCACUUCUCAGUAUUGAUUUUCAUAGUCUAGAACUAGACGUGAAAAAGGAACAGCAAUUAAAGCAAAAGUUGGGAGCUGGGACAGGAGAGAGUAUACUCAUCACUAACAUUACAACAGGGCCUGCUUUAGAGUUUGAACGAAGUGAUCCAACGAGAAAACUUCGUCUGGUUCUCUCAGAGUUAAUGACAAUAAUGGUGAAACCGCAAGUUGAAGAGGGCACCACAGCUCCAGAAAAAAUUGUUAUUAAACCCAGCGAGCUUUUUGACCACAGGGUUUACCUCAGUGAGGUUUGCGAUGUUCUGACUAUAGCACUAGCAGAACUACCAGCUUUGCUUCAACCAAGGGACGUUUGCGAAGCACUCUUAAGUGUUAGAUAUGGUCCUCAGAUUAUCUGCCAUAUUGUAGCCAACCAAGCAGAUUGCUACCUUCAAGUUGCAUUUCACUUAAUCGGUUGUGGAGAGCGUAGUGAAGAGGAGGAGGAGGAAGUGAGACGUGAAGCCGUUCUGCUCCUGGCAAGGAUGUGUCCAUCUCAUGCUCUCACUAUAAGAGCAAGGUGUGUGGAUCAGAUGCGUCUGCCAGGGUUAUCUAUUCUUCUAACCCUAGAACACAGCUGCGCGGGAGGAGAAGACAACGAUAUGGUUGAGUUUAUGAGUGGACUCAUUCUCGGAUCUGGAAAUCUCACAAGGAACUGGAUAUGUCACUACCUGAAGACCGGACAGAAGCGGAAAUGUGAAACCUUGGGUAAACUCAGACAGGAACUGACCAACAGGCUGGCAAACAUUUUGGCACAGUGCAGUGACCGUCAGUUACCAGCUGGGCUGGUCAAGGAAACGUCAACUCUCCUCAGACUCUACGCAGCACUCAGGGGUAUUGCAGGAUUAAAGUUGGUUGAUGACGAGAUUAAUCUACUGAUGGAAGUAAUCACCCACCACCCUCCUGCCAAUCCUGCAGGGGUUCAUCUGGUCUCUCUCAGCCUGGCUGUUCUACUAUCAUGCAACUCCCUGAUCUCUACUCCUGCUCUAGAGAAACAGGCGAUAGAAUGGAUAAAAUGGUUGGUUAGAGAAGAGGCAUACUUUGAGUCAGAGAGUACUGGGUGUGCCGCAAGCUUUGGGGAGAUGUUACUUCUCAUUGCAAUCAACUUCCAUGCCGGGCAGCUUUCAUCCAUCGUGGAUCUUAUCUGUCAAACUCUUGGAAUGAAGAUGACAGUCAGAACCACGAAUAUGACAAGAAUAAAACAAAUCUUCAUCAACGAUAUCUUCCCGGAGAGUACAAUUGCCGCGCACGCUGUGAAAGUUCCAGUAACGCGGCAUUUAUCUGCGCACGUGCAGGGGUUUCUACCUGUUCAUUGCAUGCAUCAGCUCCUCAAAUCUCGUGUGUUCUCUAAACACAAAGUGUCAAUCAAAUCCUGGAUAUAUAAACAGAUCUGUAGUGCUGCUGCUCCUCUUCAUCCAAUCCUUCCUGCUCUCAUUGAUGCAUACGUUCAAUCCAUUCUUAUCCCACACUCACAUAGAAUCGCUAUCGGUGAUCAACUAAAUCAACCAUUGACGGAACAGGAGAUUAGAGAAAUAUUCUCACAGGUUGUGAUCGACAGUAUACCUGGAGUAAACCCCACCCUCUCCGGAGCUACUCCAACCUAUAAAUCAGUCCCAUACUCCAGCAGAUCCUCAACACAGCCCACUAGCAGGGGAUCUAGACCAACCAGACAAAGGGGUGAGAGUACAGCUGAGGAUAGUUUGUGUGUACAGAUCUGUGUACUGUACUAUGUACUGUUGUACGAGGAUGUACGGUUAGCCAACAUGAAGAAUAUUCUCUCAACUGGAAGAAAGGUUUGUAAGUAUUCAGCUGAGCUGCUGGCUGAGCUGCCUGUCAAGUUCCUGCUGGCUGCUGCUGAAAAUAAACAGGCCCAGCUGCAGGGGAUGUUCCCCAGUCUUCUUAAACUCUGUGCUACACAUUUCCCACACCUUUGUUUGGUAGAAGAUUGGAUCAGGGUUGAGAGUACUAGUGGAGUAAGGUGUGGGUUUAAGGGUAAACUAAGUUCUAAAUUCCUGGAGAAAUCUCUUAAAUCUGUCUCCAGGUGUCCAGCUAAAGCUGUUCUAGCCCUCCAGCUAAUGCUAGAUCUCUCACCGAAUAAAGCUUGGGAGCUGGUUGAUGUUUUUAUCCGUAGAAUUCUGGAUAUAUCAGUAGAUACUGUACCCAGACAUGUACAGGAACUCUACAGAUCUGUAUGGAUGGUCCUUAACUCCUUGUAUCCCCGUAAGUUAUGGCUGCUUACUGUAAAUAAUCUGAGUCCUAAAGAUGUUGUUGUAUCCCCCUCCCUUACACAAGAAGAACUUUCACUAGACCCUCUAGCUACACUACGCUGUCAUCAGGCAGUAUUUAGAUCAGGUCCAAUCCUGUCAAUAGUCCUGUAUAUGUUAAAGGCCUGCCUAGCAGCUUCAAGAACCAGACUCAGUCAGCAUUUAUUGAAUGCUUUAGUUCUCACGCAGGAAAGUGCUGCUAUUCAAAUCCUCCUCGAAUCCUGUGUUGAAACUGCUGAGGAGAAAGCUGCUUCUAAAGCUGGCGGAGGAGCUGCAUCUGGUGGAUGCUCCCAGCUGACUGCUCUACAGGAGAUACAAUCUUUAAUCUGCUGCUACCUUCAUGAAGCAUUUAUAGCGGAUCCUAAUCUUGCUAAACUAGUUCACUUCCAGGGGUAUCCUACCUCGUUAGUACCUGUUUGUGUGGCUGGAGUUCCUUCUAUGCAUAUUUGUCUGGAUUUUGCUCCAGAACUUCUCUCACAACCAUCACUAGACAAACAGGUGUUUGCUAUUGAUCUAAUCUCCCAGCUAAGUGUCCAGUACUCCCUGCCUAAGUCCCUGAGUGCUGCAAGAUUAGCGGUCAACUCUGUUUCCACGCUGCUCUCCGUCCUUCACUCACAGACUAGGGAGGAGCUGAUCAUCUCUACUCUACCUGCCAUGGAGAGGGUGUGUCAGGCUUUCCCUCCUCUUACAGAAGAUGUUGUAUCUUUACUGCUGCAGGCGGGGAGAAUGUGUUUGAGUAGCAGUAGUCUUGCAGGAUAUUCAUCACCAGCUAACUACGAUAUGACAUCAGAUCAGUACCAGACAAAGGAGAUUUGUGAUUUUAUCUCCGAGGUUCCCGACAGCAAUACCAUUUGUAAUCUUAUCAUAAAAUCAUUCAGAACUAUUCUACAACAGACUGCUCUGGUUAAGAGGAUUUAUUAAAUAUGGAAAAUAUUUCUAAAAUAUAUUUUGUUUAAAACUUAA